CGUAAUUCAACUUCCCGUCUCAACUCAAAACCCUACCCAUAAAUCGAAACUAAAACGCAGCCAUCCCAGCAGCAGCGAAGGACCUCCCGAAUCCCUAACUGAGAUAAGCUCUCGUGCGAAGCCAUGUCGAGAAGGAAGGUUAGGGAGCCGAAGGAGGAGAAUGUGACUCUUGGACCUGCAGUGCGGGAAGGGGAGUAUGUUUUUGGGGUGGCCCACAUUUUUGCAUCAUUUAAUGACACAUUCAUUCAUGUGACUGAUCUUUCUGGAAGGGAAACCAUGGUUCGUAUUACUGGUGGUAUGAAGGUAAAAGCUGAUAGAGAUGAAUCAUCACCAUAUGCGGCCAUGCUUGCGGCACAGGAUGUUGCACAAAGAUGCAAGGAACUUGGUAUAACUGCUCUUCAUAUUAAGCUCCGAGCUACUGGAGGGAACAAGACUAAGACACCUGGCCCAGGUGCCCAGUCAGCUCUGAGAGCACUUGCACGUUCAGGCAUGAAAAUUGGUCGCAUAGAGGAUGUGACUCCAAUUCCUACGGACAGUACUAGGAGAAAAGGUGGCAGAAGGGGUAGAAGAUUGUGAUUUCUCGACAUAUCUUUGGCUGCCAGAGUGGCUUCUCAUGGAGUUGUGGUGUUAUGGUGGUGGGCUUCUCCCCCUAGUUUUGAGCAAUUUUAGCUUGUGUUUUUGAAUGUUGGUUGGUUGAUAUUGGAAUCAUCUUAGAAGUAUGCCAAAGUUUGAUAAAGAGCAGUUUUAUGUACUUCAUGUUGAAAUUCCUUCUAUUUCUAUCAUGGUUAUUUAUUUGGGAUGAUUAUAUAGACU